AAUGUCCUCACAGGAACCGCUGCCGCGUAUGAUAUAUACAUCGCAAAACGUGCACAGCGCCCUGCAAGAAUAAGUUGAACGUACCGACCGACUGGGGAUGUUUUACUAAAUUCUGGUCGAAACGUUCGUUCUGGAGACACGAUAUGGUUUUGCUGUCACUCAAAGAAGCUUACAGGAAAUAUAAGAACUGAUACCGGCUUUGUGUAUCUGCCCGACCUCCAAACGCCUCGUUAAUGCGUUUGCCGCUGUUAGUUAACCCAGCUGUGGCUAACCGUUAAGUCGCGAACUUGCUAACGGUAUUAUCGCUUUAAAACAGUGUUUCGCGCGAAAAUUUCCUGCAAGUAUUUUGCGAUCAAACAAAUCCCCAGUUCACGUUAGAAGAGAGUGUUCAGUCAAACUGUGAAAUGUUUAUAUGUCUGAGACGUUAGCUUAAUUGCUAACGUAGGUUAUCUGCCUGUUUUUUGCAAAGACCGGUAUUGAAAUAACGCCAAAGUAUGGUAACUCUGCAACAUCACGUGUCGAGUAUUCUGGACAAAUCAGCCAGAGCCGCGGCCGAGGAGAUCAUCAAACUUUUCGACAGCAGUUUCGAAGCUUUCAGUGAAGAGCUUCAUAAAAGACAGGAGGAAAUCGACACCCUUAGAAGGAAGCUCGAAGUGGCUGAGACCGAACUUAACCAUGAAGACAGAUCUGGACCAGCUUACUUAUGCGCACAGUGUGGGGUCAGCCUGAACACUAUGAUCCCACUUGAGGAGAAUCACAAAGCUCCUGACUCUGACAGCAAUCUGCCGCAGGAUUUAGAAGCAGAUCUGAAUGACCAAACGAUGGAUCAUGCACCCAUUGAGGAGAUUGAAGCUGAGGAUUGCAUUGAGUUUGAACUGCCCCCUGAGGAGGAUGACAGUUAUUCACAGCUAAUCCAGAAGGAUGAGAGCACACGCCACACAGAGACAACACACCAGGAAGGACCUGCACGCAAGGAGGAGAGUGCCCCACAUGAGAUGACUCAGAAAAGAGGCAGAGGACGACCUAGAAAACAGCUAGUUGCUCCUGAUUGCAAGGUUUCAAAAAGGGGGAGAGGAAGACCCAGGAAAGCAGAGGUGUCAGUUAGCUUAAAAAGUUCCAAAAUAUUCUCAGCUCAAGAACAACCGAAGAAAGCACAAAUAAAAAAGGAAAGCGCAAAUAAGCUGCAGGCAACACAGCUCAGUCACAAUCAGACCUCAUUAAAUCACAAAGUGUCUACGGCUGAAUCGCAGAGUACAUCAACAAUUGGAUUACAGACAAAUAAGAGAGGAAGGCCUAGAAAAAUUCUAGACCCAUUGCUUAUACCUUUUGGGGAGGCCAAGUCCAUUUUAAAUGGCCAAGAAAAUCAUGUACAUGGACCAGAACCAUUGAAAAACAAACUUCAAGAUGAGUUUUUAUCCAAGACAGAAGAACAUCUACCACUAAAAACCAGUCAGAAGGACCAGGCUGACAAAAGACUACAACAAAAACCAAGAAGCUGGAUAGUUUGCCCCAAGUGUCCGAGGCAAUUUCCUAGCAAGACAAAACUGCAGGCCCACGCGAAAUUUCAUCUCAAGAAAGGUGAAAUAAAGUGCAAGGUUUGCGGAAUGACAUUUAUAGGGCAAAGUCAAAUGAAUAAUCAUGAGAGAGUGCACACUGGUGAGAAGCCGUAUAGCUGUAGCUUCUGCCCUAGACGUUUCCCCAAUUUGUCUCAAUAUAAAAAACACAUGCUGAAUCAUGCCGCCCCCGAUUAUGCCUGUGAGGUGUGUGGACUGAGAUCCUCACAGGUGUGUAAGGACACAUUCCGGAAAGCACACCUGCGCAGUAAGGCUCCCUGUUCAAACUGCGCAUCGAUUUAUACUUGAGUCUGACAUUUGUUUUUAUGGUCCUGCUGUUUGACACUUGGAUACCGUUCAGGAGGGUUGGGGUGGCAGUAAAUUUGUCACUGCUGCCCUGACUUUUGGUAUACAAAGUCUUCAAAGUAGUUCAGCUUCAUUUGUUUGGACAGAUAAUCAGUUGCUUUUUUGGAGGUAUAGUUUUCAGUGAUGUCUUUUGUUUUGAUUUCCAGUGGAAAAUGUUUUUGCAUCAAUCAAAGAAUUUGUAUAGCUUGCUCCGGAAAAAUUAUUAGCUUUUAGUUGUACUUCAGACCUUUAUUUGAAGGGACUUAAAUGUAACUGUGUUGGUAUUCAGUUGCACUUACCAAAUAUGACGUUAUUGCUUUGGGUAAAAGGGCCCAUAUUGUGGAAAACUGUAUCACUUAAAGAAUUUGAUGUAUCAUGUAAACAUGAACGUUAAAGAAGUACCAUUUUCCCUGCAGUCCAUAUAUGGGAACUAAAACCCUAUUCAGGCUGGAUAAGUUUUAUCUAGGGAGAUACUGUAAUAUGAUGACAGAUCCAUAAUUUUAAUCCAGAACGAAUCUACCAUGUCCAUAGUCUGCUACGUAAUAAUUCCAGAGCAAAUUAUUUCCUAUAAUUUGUUACACUCUGAGCUCUUUCAGCAAUAGCAGUCCUGUUUGAAUCAAUGAUAAUGUAAUGACAAUUCCUGGUAAGAGACAUCAGUAUCUCUGCUUUUUGGAGACUGCGAGCAAGGCUAACUGCUAAAAUUUAGUUUUUGACACACUUCUUAUAUCCCUAAGUUCAAAAUGGGACUACUGUAAUCUAAAACAUUCUUGUUGAUGUUCUAAUCAGAAGGCAAAGGAAAAUUAAAUAUUUGAAGGUAGAGUGAUUUCUCUUAUGUUGGGCAGCGUUUGUUAAGUAAAAUGACCUCACUACUAGUCUAACGCUCUUCUGUCUAUUAUUAACUUGAAGUUAAUGUUUAUAGUAUGUUUGGAUCCAUUUAAUUCUAGACUUAAUGCUGAAGUGAACGUCCAGCGAACAUUUUGAACUGGGCUUUUUAAAGUAGUUCGGGGAAAUUACACAGAUACUUCAUCCCAU